AUGUCGGUGGGGCUGCAGCGGCGCGUGCCGGCGCUGGACGAGACCGGCGGCGGCGUGCCAGCGGCGUGGAAGAGCGGCAACAGCGAGCCGCCAUUCGCGUCGUUCGCGCCGCCAGCCGGCUCCCCGGCCGGGCCGGCGUUCGCCGCCUCGCCGGCUCCAUCGACGCCCGGCCCGGGGUUUGCGGGCCCGCCGUACGCGGCGCCCGGCCCCUUCGGCUCGCCCUCAGCGCGGCCGGGCUCCGGCGGCGGGUUUCCACCGGGGCCCCCGCAACAGCCACACUUCCCAGGGCCGGGGUUUGCGCCCCCGGGCUCUCCCUUCCACCCGCACCCCCCACAUCCGCCUAUGCCGCCACACCCGCAUAUGAUGGCACCCUUGCCGCCGCCUGUUGACAGGCGGCACGCUCCAUAUUUCGGACAACCAGACUACAGAGUUUAUGAACUGAAUAAGCGGUUACAACAGAGGACAGAGGACUCAGAUAACCUGUGGUGGGACGCGUUCGCGACAGAGUUCUUCGAGGACGACGCGACGCUAACACUCACCUUCUGUUUAGAAGACGGACCUAAGAGAUACACAAUAGGCAGGACGCUGAUACCUCGAUACUUUCGCAGUAUAUAUGAGGGAGGCGUCUCAGAACUGUACUACACGAUGCGGCAGCCCAAGGAAUCGUUUCACAACACGAGCAUAACGUUGGACUGUGAUCACUGUACCAUGGUCACGCACCAUGGGAAACCUAUGUUCACUAAAGUAUGCACAGAAGGUCGUUUGAUCCUGGAGUUCACGUUCGACGACCUGAUGCGCAUCAAGACGUGGCACCUGGCGGUCCGCGCGCACCGCGAGCUCAUCCCGCGCGCCGCCGUGCACCCGCCCGACCACGCCGCGCUCGACGCGCUCGCCAAGAACAUCACGCGCCAGGGCAUCACCAACUCCACACUUAAUUAUUUACGGUUAUGCGUGAUCCUGGAGCCGAUGCAGGAGUUGAUGUCCCGUCACAAGGCGUACGCUCUGUCGCCGCGCGACUGCCUCAAGACUACACUCUUCCAGAAGUGGCAACGGAUGGUGGCGCCACCUGAGUCGCAGCGUCCAGCCAGCAAGCGCCGCAAGCGCAAGGGUAGCGGCGGACCCAACGCGGCGCCGCCCGCGCCCGCCAAGAAACGAUCGCCCGGACCUAACUUCAGUCUCGCCUCGCAGGAUGUAAUGGUGGUAGGAGAACCAUCUCUAAUGGGUGGAGAGUUCGGAGAUGAAGACGAGCGCCUCAUAACUCGACUGGAGAACACCCAGUACGAGGGAGCAGACGACUGGAGCGCUCCCCCCCCUGCCUCGCCUGCCAAGACUCCGCCCAACCACUGA